AUGGAAAGGGCGCGAAUGAUUGAAUAUUUAUUGGAAAACGACAUAACAGUUUUCCUGUGCGAAGCUACAUCAAACUUAGAUUUUGAUUUGUUUGUUUCAAUUUUGAACUGUAUUCGCUUAUUGUGGACCACGAGUAGAUUUUUUUCGGAGGAACACGCCGCUCACGCCAUGUCCGCUGUAGUGAGGAACUUGGCGCAUUACGCCAGCAUUGGACUCAAGCCAGCCGUUGAUUCUUGUCUUAACUUUCUUGACGAUUUACUCAAUGGAAUUACACAAAACAAGACCGCAGCCCCUCUGUCUCAUCAAAGCGCUUACAGUCUUGUCCAGCUCUUAGCUUGUUUUAAUGCUUUACCUACCCACAUCAGUUCAAACCCAAACAGCAUCUUAUCGAGCGCUUUAGUGCUGCAUGCCCUAAUCUCCUACCAACCAGAGGACAUUAUUAUAAAGAGUUCUACCGCGAUAAUACUAGGCGAGGUUUUAAAGAAGUGGUUUCAAAUUUUAAUAGAGUGUUUGAAUCGCUCUUUGUUGAUCGAUAAUGGACUUUCUGGAAUGUUCUACGUUGUUUUGUGUCAGCUCGGUUUAGAUGUUUUAAGACUUCAAAAACCUCUAUGUAAUGGAAGUCCAAAGACGAAUUUCGUACAAACCAUACUAACAGAUGAGCAAGAGUUGAACUCAUUAAAACAGAGCGCAAUGGAAAUGUGGGAUAAUGCUGUGCUAGUCUUGUCUGAACUUGUUGCCUUCACAAAGGACCAUCUAAAUCAAUUGUCCACCGAAGAGUACAGCGUAUUCCUGAAAUUUCUUCUAAACUAUUUCUAUGAGAGUAAAAACAGCGAAUCUCUAUCUGAUUUCUGCGACAUGUUAUUCACGAAAGGAUAUUUGAUUAUGCUACCCAAAGUUCAAAUAGAUAGAAACGACGCCUUAGUGCGCAAAGUAAGCACUCUUAUACUAAGCGAGAUGCUGAAAGUAUUGUCUGAUAAAUAUCUGAAUAUUGAGAGUCAGAACGGGCCAUGUGCCAAAGACAUACAUGUGAGUUCGAACAAAUGA